CUCUUCCAGUCCCUAUUUCCCUGGCGCGAAAUCGCGCCAUCAAAUCCGCGAAGUGGCUAAACAAACGGGAAUUCCAUCUGUUGACGGUAUGGAUAACAAACCAGUUUUGAACGAUGACCCCUCGGUCACCCUCACCAUCCGACUUAUUAUGCAGGGCAAAGAAGUUGGAAGCAUCAUUGGCAAAAAAGGAGAAAUUGUCACGAGGUUCCGUGAAGAAUCUGGUGCAAAGAUAAACAUAUCAGAUGGUUCGUGUCCUGAGCGAAUAGUAACAGUAACUGGACCAACCAACUCAAUCUUCAAAGCUUUCACCCUGAUAUGUAAGAAAUUCGAGGAAUGGUGCUCGCAAUUCCACGAUGUCUCGGGCGGAGGCGCUGGAGGUGGCGGUAAUACACCACGUACUCCAAUCACCCUACGGCUCAUCGUUCCCGCGUCUCAGUGCGGAUCUUUAAUCGGCAAAGGCGGUUCCAAGAUCAAAGAAAUAAGGGAAGUUACUGGUGCGCUCAUUCAAGUCGCGUCUGAGAUGCUUCCCAGCUCCACAGAACGUACAGUAACUAUCUCCGGUACCAGCGAGUCUAUUACUCAGUGCAUAUAUCACAUUUGCUGCGUCAUGUUAGAGUCCCCUCCCAAAGGUGCCACGAUUCCUUAUCGCCCUAAACCCCAAGUCGGUGGGCCAGUGAUCCUGGCUGGUGGGCAAGCUUACACCAUCCAGGGUAAUUACGCGGUGCCCGCCCACUCGGACAUGGGAAAACUAGGUAGUAAUCCACUGGCUGGUCUAGCAGCCCUAGGUCUUGGUGGACUGGCAGCGCCAGCCAAUACCGGGGGAUUAAACCCAGCUGGUAUUAUUAAUAAACUAUCAGCAUUAGCGGCAUUAGCUGGAAGUCAAUUACGUACAAAUCAUACAAAUCGGCAACAACCGGCAGCUAAUAACCAGACACACGAGAUGACUGUACCAAAUGAAUUAAUUGGGUGUAUUAUCGGUAAAGGUGGUACUAAAAUUGCUGAAAUACGUCAGAUAUCUGGUGCUAUGAUCAGAAUCAGUAAUUGUGAAGAGCGUGAGGGUGGUGCUACUGAUCGCACUAUUACUAUCACUGGUAAUCCAGAUGCAGUUGCACUCGCGCAGUAUCUCAUCAACAUGAGAAUUUUUUUAAGUGAGCGAGCGAGAGAAAUUCAGAGUAUAGAUAAAGAAAUAAGAGAGAGAAAUAUUUAUUUUGUAUUGAGAGAAAAAGAGAGGAUGUGUCAAUUGAAUUCAAUACAUUCAAUUUCAACCAACUAUGACCCAGGCUCCUGCCCAUAUCUUCGGAUAUCAAUGGAGACUGCAGGAAUGGCUAUUCCCGCAUAUCACUACAUUGCACCGAAUCACAUCGUCAAGUCACCAAUUCAUUAAAUAAAUGUAAUUUAAUUACAUUUAAAGUAUACUAUUACUCGUAUCGUACUAUACGUUUCUCAAAAAAAAACAUCUAAUAUAUAUAUAUAUAUAUAAAAAAAAAAUACAUAUAUAUAACCACGCGUGGAAAAAGAAACAAAAAAAAAUGAAACAAUCAAGACAUAAAGUCGAUAAUUAAGUAACCGAUCGCUUAAUUAUAAAAUAAUUAAACACUAAAACAAUCCAACACGACACAAAAAAAUUUGAAUUUAAAAUGUAGUAAAAUGAAGGCGCCGAAAAAUUGUACAGGAAACUAUUAAAUGGUUAAUUUAAAACAAAGAUGGAGGAUCACGAUUAUUAAGGUGAAUAAAAUAUUAAUUAAUGAUUAAUUAAUUAAAAAAAAUAAUAAUAAUAAAUAAUAUGGACAUCGCAGUUAACAAACUGCCGAUUGGUAAAGGGAACAAGCCAAAGAUACGUUAGUUUUCAUUUUUAUAUUUAAAAAAAAAUAAAUAAAUAAAAUAAUUAAUUAAUAAUUAAUAAAAAAUGGGGAAGACUAAAAAUAUAUUAAUUAAUUAAAUGGGAAUACAAAUGCGGGAUUAAAAAUAAUUAAAAAAUAUUAAACCGGACGUUAGUAUUUUCUAUAUUGUCUGCGAAUCCGGUCGACUGGAUAUUAAGAGACGAGUGAACGUUAAUGAUAAUUAUUAAUUGUAAUAAUUAACCGUGUAAAAAAAAUUUUUUUUCAUUAUUUAUUUAGAUCUUGUUCAUUACGAAACUCAGAUCCUGACACAAACAUGACUUUCGUCAUUAAUUUACUCCAACAUAUCGUCUAGCAAAUCCGUGUUGAUUAAUUGCGUAUUUGAAAUAGACUUGAAAUAUUAUUUAGAAAAAUGUAACCUAUUUAUGACUACAAUGCGUUUAAAGUUUCAAAUUCAAACACUAGAUAAAAUUUUUCUGUAAAAAAAAAUUAUCUUUCCUUCUACCAUUUUUCUACAAUUAAGUCAUUACUGCGCAUGCGCAUUAGUGUUAAUUCAUGGACUUAAUUAUAGUCAAGUAGGGGGAGAAGUCCAUUUUUUUUGCAGACUACAAUUUCUUGCUGGAAAAUUCAUGGUGUUAUGUCGCGAUUUAAAAUUUGUGAUGGAUUCAGAUCUAAAUUUCAUAUGAAUAUUAAUUUUUUUUAUACGGGUAAUAUAUAAAGUUUAUUAUUAUUAUUAUUUAAUUAAAUUGGGGAUUUAUAUUUUAUUGUUAUUAAAAUAAAAUAAAAGAUGAGAAUUAAAAAAAAAAUAAUAAUUCGGACAGACAGGGUUAACCGAUAACAUUAUGAUUAAUAAUAUAUUAAUUAAUUAAUUAAUUAUUAAUAAAUAUUAAAUGAUACAUAUAAAAUAUGUUAUCGGUGUAAUUGACGCUUUUUAAAUAACACUAGACUAUUUUAUCCUCGUGAUUAUAAAAUAAAUGAUAAAUUAUUAUUAUUGUUAUUUUUUGUUAAUUAAUUCGAUAAUUACUCGUUCACGCGUCUCAAGAAACGAUUUAUGUAGAAAAUAAAAAAAAAAUAUAUAUAUAUAUAAAAGAAUAUGAAAUAUUAAUAAUAAUGAUAAUUAAUUGAAUAAAAAAGAAAUAUUUAUUAAUGGGUAUAGUUGAUAAUAAUUAAUUAAAUUAAAUAAACAAAUUAAAUUAAUGGUGUGCUUAUAUUAAUGUAAUUAAUACAAUUAAUUACAUGGUAUCUGGGUGGUUAUUAAUGUAGAUGCGUAGCUUUUGCAUGCAGACAUCAUUCAAAAUUAUUUAUUCAUUAAAUUAUAUAGGAGGGGCGGAUAUUUAUUAAUUAAUAAUAAUAAUAGAAAUUAUUAGCAACUGAUGAUUAAUUAAUUAAUGACAUUUAUUUUAAAAUAAAUAUAAGGCAUUACGUUAAAAAAAAAGAAAAAAAUACUAAACAAUUUUUCUUUUCUUUUCUCCGGAAGAUAAUAAUAACGAGCUUAAUAAGUAAUUAAUCGUAACGUUAAUAAAAGUUAAUUAAUGUAAUUAGUCAUAAUUUUUAACUCGUAAAAAUUCAUACCGGAGAAUAAUUUUUUUUUUUUUGUAAAAAGAUGUGUUUAGUCUUAUUUUUGAAAAACAAAUUAAGUUAAAUCUACAGUCGAAUUUCAUUAACUCGGAUGAUUAAUUGGAAAUUUCUUUGAAUUUGUUAAUUAAUGCCUCUUACCCUUAAAAGUAAACUAUGGCGCAUGCGCUCUUAUAUCUACAUAAUUAAUGCAUACAUAAAUAUAUACAGACACAUAAAUGUAUAGCAAAGAGUGGGAGACUAUGUAGGUCGUAGUGGGGGUUAAGAUUGAGGGGAAGUUCCGAGUUAAUGGAGACUUUAAUAAUAAUUAAUUAAUUAAUUGCAAUACUUUUUAAAAAUUAAUUAUUUCGUUUAUUUAAUUUUCGAUUUAAUGAAAAUAAAUUAAAUAUAAAAUGAAACUUUUUUCUAAAAUAAAUAAACAAACAAAUAAGUGAAAUAUUAAAAUAUCAAUAUAAAUAUAUACAUACAAAUAUAUAAAUAUAUUUAUUAUACAAUAAAAGAAAAAAAAAUAAUAAUUAAAAAGUUAGUAAAAAUAAUUAGCGCUAUACGAGAGGUAAAAGUUCAAAGUGCGUUCUCUCAUUAGGAGACUUGAGAAAAAACUUAACUAGAAAAAGUUGAAUAAGAAAAAGUAAGCGAGGAAAAUUUUAAACUCAAAUCCCCCCUCCGAUUUUAAAACUUCAUUCUCCUUAAAUCUUUGAUAAAUUUAUUUAUCAUCGAUCAGUUUAAUUAUUAUUAUUACAUAUUUAAAUACGACUGAUAUUCUUGAUAAGCAAUUAAGUCUUUUUUUUUAUAUAUAUACAUUAUAUAUAAAGUAUUUAUAUUUACUAUUAUUAUUAUUGCUAAUCCAUAUCCAAGUAGCUUUCAAUGCAGACAUAGAAAUACAUAUCUAAAUACUAUAUCUAUAUAUCUCUUAUAUUAAUUACACAAUUUUAUUUAUAAUUAAUUUUUAAAAUUGUACUUAAAUCGUGCCAAUACCAAAAUUAUCAAUUGAAAAGUAUUAUCAGAGCUUCCUUGUAAAAAUAAAUCGCCUCAGUUUCGAAAGUAAUGAAUUUAUAAAAUUAUUAAUCUGUGAUUUUAUUGAGGCUCGAAAUUUAUUU